AAUAAAUAUGGCAGCCAAGGACAUGGUGGGUGUGUAAAUUUGUAAAGCAGUACGCGAACGUAUUAGGUGAUAAGGUGCGCGUUUGGUCUGCAAUGAAUAUAUAAAUCCGAGUUAAUAGUGAAUGUAUUUCAGUGAUUAUUAUUGGACAUAUAAUUAAGAAUUUAUUAAAUCGAUGACUCCGUGCAAUGAACAAAUUGAAUUGAACUUAUGUUGUGUUGGAAAUUCUGCUGUGUAGUCAUAAAGUACUGAAAUAAAUAAAUAAAUGAACAGUCCAUGCAACAUAAUGAACUCAAAUACAGAUAAAGUGAUAUUUUAUAUCAAAGAAAUUCAAAAGGCAUCAGUAUGAUGGACUCAGAACUACCACCGGGAAGCUGCAAUUCCACUGGACAUCUGUCCACAAUAGGAUAUCACACCUUGCCUGGCCGCAUGCACCAUUCGGCCAGUACACCGGCCGGUGUGGAUGGCGCUGGCGGGGGCUCCAGGACGCCCCCCGCGACCCCCAAGAAGGGCGGCAAGAUGCUCGCGGUCAGAGUUCAGAUGCUAGAUGACACUAUAUCAAUGUUUCAAAUCCAGUCUAAAGCCCUUGGCCGCGUGCUGUUUGAUCAAGUUUGCCGACAGCUACAUCUCCUAGAAGCUGACUACUUUGGGCUCGAAUAUCAGGACAGCAAUGGAACUAAGGUAUGGUACUGGCUGGACGUCGAGAAGCCGAUGUGUCGGCAAGUCGGCCUGUCCAUGCUGGAGCCCACGCUGCGUUUCUGUGUCAAGUUCUACACACCGGACCCGGCGAGGCUGGAGGAGGAGUUCACGCGGUACCUGUUCUGUUUGCAAGUGAAGCGCGACCUGGCGCAGGGCUGUAUACAGUGCAACGAGAACACGGCCGCCCUGAUGGCCAGUUACAUCGUUCAAGCCGAAUGCGGCGACUUCGUCCCGGAGGAUUAUCCGGACCACACCUACCUGAGCGGCUACAAGUUCUUCCCGAGCCAAGACUCUGAAUCAGAGCGCAGGAUCAUGGAGAACCACAAGAAACACAUAGGUCAAAGUCCAGCUGAAGCCGAUUUAAACCUAUUAGAGACGGCACGAAGAUGCGAACUAUACGGUAUAAAGAUUCACUCGACCAAAGAUCACGAGGGCGUGCCGCUCAAUCUGGCGGUUGCCCACAUGGGCAUCGUCGUGUUCCAGAACUACACGAAGAUAAAUACGUUCAGCUGGGCCAAGAUAAGGAAGAUAUCGUUCAAGAGGAAAAAGUUCCUGAUCAAACUCCACCCUGAAGGCUACGGAUAUUACCGAGACGUGGUCGAGUUCUUCUUCGAAGGUCGGAACGAGUGCAAGAACUUCUGGAAGAAAUGCGUCGAGAACCACGGCUUCUUCCGGUGCUCCAGCGUGCCGCGCCUGCCGCGACACAAGACCAGGGUCAUCUCGCGCGGCUCCUCCUUCAGGUACAGCGGCAAAACCCAGAAACAGAUAGUCGAAUUCGUCCGCGACAACUACGUGAAACGACAAACCUUCCAAAGGUUCGGGAGGGCAGGCCCAGAGGAACCAAAAGCUGGUGUGUGCGUCACCAUCCUCUGGCGGACUGUCGGCAGGUCGGGCUCGUUCCGCGCGACCCGAGUGGCUAGCGGCGCGCUGCCCUCCAGCCUCUCCGCGCACCCGCUGCUGCCGCUGCCGCCCGGCUCCGACGCGAUUUCCCUGGAGUGGGACAAGCAGCCUCACUACCUGGAGGCUUCUCUGAUGAUGAAGGGAUACUCGGCGGAGGAGGCGCGGGCGGCGGCCGAACGGGCUCGGUGUCGGCCUCCCGCCGUUCGCCCACCGCUACAAGCUACCGCCUAUGUCAACACGAGGGACAAGCUGACAAAACAAUACUGCAGCCAAAUAGUGGCUCCAGAAUUGGUGACCCGUGCCGAGGUCAAUCAUCAUCCUAUGGAGGAUUCGCCUCUGCUUCAUCGGACGACGACACCAUCGGAUUCCCCGGAGAGUACCUGGAGACGGCAGAGUGUAUCCCGAGCCCGGGCUGCCCCCGCGCCGCCGCCCCGCACAGACGAAUUAUCACCCGAGGAUGACAACACGCUCUCAUCGGCGAGUCUCUGCAUGUCCCCCAGUUCGACGUGCGAGCGUGAUGUCGAUCCGACGUGCGCGUCCGCUGCGUGCGCGCUCGCCAUGUCCAACGGGCACGACGCGCUCGAUAGCGCGCACCCUAAGGACGUCGAUAAACACGCUACCAGUGACGUCAUCAAUGGAAAUGUCAACGUAAAUAUAGUAUCCGAGUCUACGAACAGUAUGGACGUGCUAAGCGGGGGGGAAAGCGACACGGGCGACACACUCACCAGGAAGAACAAUAAUAGCAUAUCUUCGAACAUUUUGGGAACACUGAAGGAGGAGGGCGGGCACGGCGCGGCGCGGCGACGCAGCGGUGACGUCACGUACUUCGUCGCCAAGGAGCUGCUCAUGACCGAGCGGACCUACAAGCGGGACCUGGAGUACGUCACGGUCACGUGGGGCCGCGAGGUGUCGGCGCUGGCGGGCGCGAGCGGGGGCGGGGGCGGGGAGGCGGGGGCGGGCGGGGUGCUGGCGCGCGCGUGUCUGGCGCUGGAGCCGCUCGCGCUGCCCGCCGGCGCCUUUCUGCACCGCCUCGAGCGCGCGCUCACCGCCAGCCCCGCCGAAACAGAAGAACCGGAAUAUAGAAGAAUAGCGGAGUAUCUUUAUGAUUAUUUAUCAAGUACAGCGGAUGCGUACGGCGAGUACGUGGAGCGCGCGGGCUCGCUGGCGGCGCUGGUGGAGAGCGUGCGGCGCCGCAGUGCGCCCGCCGCCUCGCUGUGCGCGCGCACGGAGCACGCCGCGCCGCUGCUGCUGCCCUGUCUGCUGCUGCGGCCCCUGCACCGCCUGCUGCACUACCACCACCUCGCGCAAGAACUGUGCAAGCAAUCAUCCGGGCCGUGGUGCUCGGCGGCGCUCGAGACCGCCGGCGCGCUGGCGGAGGCGGCUCGGCAGCAGCUACAGCACGGCGAGAACCACGCCACGCUCUGUCAUCUACAGAGACACGUUGCCGGUUACGACAAGUUGCUGGUGGCUGAUAGAGAGUUCCUGCGGAUGGGUUGCGUUUACAAACAUUCUAGUAGAGGAUUGUUGCAGAGGAUGUUGUUUCUGUUUAACGACGUGCUGAUAGAGGCGUCGAAGUCCGGCGGCGUGCAGUUCCGCGCGCACGCCGUGCGACCGCUGCGGGCGCUGCGGGUGCGCCAAGCCGACGCGCCCUUCGCCUUCGCGCUCGCCGAUGAUGAUCAAACUCUAGUGUUCAACGCGAGCAACGAGCGUGAGUUCGAGGGCUGGUUCCGGACGCUGGUCCGUGCGAUACAGCGGGCGCACGAUGACGAUAACACUGCAAUCGACACGCAACUGACGCCCUACGAGAUGGAAGUGGAGGACGGCACGUGCGCGUCGGGCGGCGGCGGGCUGGCGCACGUGUGCUGGCACCGCGCCACCAGCCUCUCCAGGGACCAGCUGCACCUCGCCAUGAGAACGCAGUUGUCCGGGUAUUUACUGCGCAAAUUCAAGAAGUCCCCGGGCUGGCAGAAGCUGUGGGUCGUGUUCGCGGUGUUCACUCUGUUCUUCUACAAGAGUUGGCAGGAUGAUAUUCCUUUGGCGUCUCUACCGUUGUUAGGGUACUCUGUAGGCCCUCCCAGUUCGGACGACGGUAUCGAGAAAGAUUUUGUAUUUAAGCUGCACUACAAGAAUCACGUUUACUUCUUCAGGGCGGACAGUUACUAUACGUACAAUAGGUGGACAGAAGUACUACAAACGGCGAUGCUGCGAAACAUUUAAAACUAUUUAGCAUAUUUUAUUAUCUCAUAAUGUAUUAAAUUAUUUAAACAUUAAAAUUCUCAUAAUAACAAUUGUAUUAAAAUCGGUGCCAUAGUUUUUUUUUUCUUUCUUUUGCUAUGGUAAUGUCGAAUCGUGUUAUCAAAUUAAGAAUUACGGAUCUUGCCCGUAUUGAUUUUGUGAAAUCUUAUAACGCAAUUAAAUUAUUCAAGACUGAAGUGUAAAAGACACAAUAUUUUUUUUACAAAAAAAACUUUAAUUCAAUUUGUUAAUUAGAAAAAAUAAAUGUUAACA